GCUACAGGGGCUCUUUCAGUCAGUUGCAUCCAUUUAGAAAAGUGCAUUUCUCUACUACAGGACAUCAAGCUCAAAAUUGGCCACAAAUUAAGAAAAAUAUUCACUCUCCACAAAGUGCCAGCUGUAAAUUCAUCCAUCUUGUAAAAAGAUCAGUGCAUAAAAUUGGGAGCAUGUCAUAUUUAAUAAAAACAGCUUUGAGUAACAAUAAAAUCUACAAUGGAAGUGCAAGUUCCAAGAAAACACGCAACAAUGUGCCUUGUGUUGUCAGCACCCCGUGCGACUCUCUAUGUUGCAGUGCUGCGAGAAAGCGUACAGUUGCGUUCCGUAGCAGCUGCUUGUAUUUUUUCGCUCUCUGCAGUUAAAACAGCUGUGGAUCAUGAUAUAGAACAAGAAAGAGUGCAGAAGCUUCUGGAAGGGGUGAAACUUUUGAAGGAGGAGAAGAGGAAGAGGAGGAAACGGACAGUUGUGAAGUUCUCUCUUAUCACAGUGACACAUAAACAGAGGAUGAAGACAGCCUGGAACUGGAACCGCAAGUAAGUGCAGCAGAUAAUGAAAGCAAGCUUGAUUUUUUUAUUGGAAAGGAUAAGUUACAAAAUGGAUGAAAAGUUGGCCUAGUCGUAACGAAAGAACUAGAAGUGUGGACCUCAU